UCUAUAUUUAAAAGUGGGUUUAUGCCAAGAACCUGUUCUAUGUCUUUAUUUAUUUUCGUUUGCUGGACAUCUUGACACAUUGUGUGAGUGUGAGCAUGUGAGCAUGUGAGCGGUGUGUGUGUGUGUGUGUGUUCUUGUGUGUAAACCGUGUAAACAGCCUCAUUGAUCCUGUUAGCUCCUUCCUCCUCCUGCUCGUUGAGCUGAGUGAAUGGGGACGGGAGGCUAAUUUAGUUAGCAACUGAAAACACUCCGACUUUAAAAUGGCAGCGAUGAACCGACCAGGUUUUGGUGUGACUUCUUCAGCCUUGAACUACCCCACAAGGAUGACAGAAAAUGGAUUAUCUCCCUCAGAUCUAACCGAGGAGGACAUAGACAAUUUACAGAUGGAGCUAGCAAAGAUGGAGGAAGAAAUUCAGACCUUGCGGCAAGUGCUUUUUGUCAAAGAAAAAUAUGCAGCAGACAUCAGGAGGCAGUUGGGUAUGGGACCGCUGAGUAACAUCAAACAGAACCUGUCCAAAGGCUGGCAAGAAGUCCAGACCUCAACCCCAUAUCUCACAGCCUCUGCCACUUUGGAUGACAUCAGCAACUCCGACGUAUAUAUGAGGACACGGGAGGGUAUCUCUCAUGCAGGCCAGGUGACGUCUUCUGCACUGUCCAGUAUGGGCAUGGUCAUCACCAGGAGGCUGACAGAGAUGAGAGCUCUGCCUCUCCCAAGUCCACCACGCACCCUGAGUCACACCAUGAGCGUGCCAGCUAUGAGACAUUCCAAUACUUUCAAGUCCUUCGAAGAAAUGGUUGGCAAUGUGAAGGACAAAGUGACCGGCAAUUCGACAAACAACGGAGACACUGCUGGGUUUGAAAGAAGAUUCUCGCGUCACAGCACAUGAGAUGAACCCAUGGAACAAAUCAGAAUGAAUAACAACAUAAACAUACAUUUUUUUCUUAACUUGUACAGUUAUGAAAAAAAAAAAAAAAGGAUUUUGCUUCAUUUUCCUUUUAAAUUUGUCCAAUGGAACUUCUGACUGAUGCAUUCAGACAACUCUAACCAUGUGAAUAUGUUGUUGGAAAAAUGUAAUUUAAGAGAUAUUUAUUUUGACAUAUGAGUGCGGUGUACUGAAACUAUCAUUUAAGCACAACCAGCUACAGUAUACAUUCAUUGACAUUAAUUGUGACAUUAACAAAACAGAAUUUACAGACAUGAAGUAUUUUUUUACUGUAGAUUUUUCAAUUAAAGUCAAUUGAAUGGUG